UAGCUUCCUUUUUCUCUCUUAGUGCUAUUCAGAGCCGGCCGGGUGAUAUGAAGAACCUGCGCGAGUGACACUGACGCGGUUCUGAGUGGAGCCUUCCCGUCGCGACUUUGUUCGUACGCUUCGCUUGGCUUCGCCUCCCCUCCCUUCCUUCAACGGUCAAAAAGCGGCUUGUGUUGUGAGGGGGCAACUUGGCGGACCCCCCUCUUCUCCCAUGAGGAGAUAUGUAAUUCUCUCUUUGGAUGCAAAUUUAUAAGGAAUGUGUUUUUCACAGAUCAGCACAUUUCUUCAACUGAGACUGAGUUUAUUUAUAAAGCAGUACCUAAAUGGCAGCACAGAAACGAAAAUCUGUGCUAGUAGAACCCCCUGCUAAGCGGCAGAAAUUGGAUAAGAAUAGUAAAUUGGUUUCAACUAACAAAGAGAGAAAAUUGCUUGAUGCCAAAUCAAAUAAAAAUACAGUCCUGAAGAAAGAAAUUCACAGAAUCUGUACUAAAACUACCCGGUCAUCUGUCAUUAAAUCCAUUAACAGAUCUUCUAUACCAUCUUCCCAAACUAGACAAGUACAGAAGUACUCCAAGCAGACUUCACAUGAAUUAAAGAAGAAAACCUGUAAAACAGGAUGUGUGAAAAAAGCUUCCCUAAAGCCUUUAGGAAAAUUAUCUUCUACAAAAACUUCCCUAAAAUCUUCCAAAAUGAAUGAUACUAAGUACCUGAGCUCUACAAAGACUUCUUCCAAAAGCUGUCCUAAAGGGAAGGGACAAUCUAAUUCUGUCAAAAGUAAGACUUCCUGUGAAACCAAGAAGCAAAAGUCCUCUGCAGAUAUUAAAAAGUGUUCUACUGAAGCUGUAUAUAACAGACGGUCAGCACUACACAUUAGAACUACUCAUAAGAAUCUGUAUUCUGAAACAAAGUUGAAGAAAGAAAAUUCCAAAAAGGAUAGAACUACUAAAAACUGUAAAUUUUUCAAAAGUAACAGUGGUAACUUAGAGGUUCAGAAUUCUAAAACAUAUUGUACAAAAAAAUUGGCCUCUCAAAGUAUUGAACAAACACGGACUAAAACUUUAAGUGACAAACCAACGUGUGGGUCUGACCAGGGAAAGAGAGCUAUACGGUCAACUAGUACUAGUACUAAAAAAAGUCCUGUCAGAAUUAAACAAGAGCAGUUGCAUUUCACAAAAACUAAGGAAGUGCCUUGGAAGGAGAUGGUGAAAGAUAUUCCCCAAUCACAACCUACUGUUUCACAUGAUGAGCAUCAAACUCGAAGAUCACUAAGAUUACAGCAAUCAUCUAAUGUGCCUACCAUAUCAUUGCGCAGCAGAAAAAUUGAAGGUGGAAAUCCCUCUACUGUAAAACACUGCACCCAGAUGAAAAAAAAGGUUCCACAAAAUGAAAAGCCAAAAUCUAUACAUCAGAAAAUGGAACAAAAAUCAGUGAAAAAUGUUGAAUGUAAAAAUAGAGAAACAGAAAUACCAAGUUUUGAGAAGAUGGGUUCUCUGAAAGAGAAAAAACAUGAGACGGAUUCUAAAAUCAGUGAUUUGACCAUAGUUCAAGAUAAGGUAAGAGAAUCAAGAAAUAAUCUUGACUGUAACCUUCAAGAGUCUAAAAAUGGAUCUGACAACACAACUUCCUUCUCUGCAACAUCAACUUGCAGUGCAAUAAGUAAGGAAAACGAGUCGGUGCACAAAAAUGGAAAAAUCAGUGUAAAAGCAAAGAGAAUGUUUCCAGCACCUUUGAGCCCCAAACCUGCGUAUCAGCCAGAGGAUGUGAUGAAGUCCAAAAAGAUUAGCAUUCUUGAGCUGUGUGAGGAAAUUGCAGGUGAGAUUGAAUCGGACACAGUGGAAGUAAAAAGAGAUUAUCCUAACACUGAAUAUGGAAAAGAGAAAGAAAGAGAUGCAGUAGUGGAGUUGCCUCAGUCUACAAUCUCUACUGAAAAGGAAACCAAUCGGAACUCUCAAUGUAAGCGUUUUUUCCCCAGCAAAAAAGGAAUGUCUGUCAAAUGUACUGUGAAUGGCAGGCACAGCACUGCAAACAAAACCUCUAAAUGGACAAAAAUAAAAUUAAAAAAGAUUAAUCAUGUGAACCAAAAUCUCUCAAUUUCCCCAAGUACUCCAAAACUUGAUUUGUUAAAGUGUAACAUUCCUGAGAAACAACAAUCAGAAGCUGUAGAAACUCACCUUCCAGACGCCCAAAGGAAACUGAUAAAAACGCAGGACAAAGGUAACACAGCACAUGAGCAGAAGUUGAAUACAACUUGCUUUAAAGGAAUCGAGGCUAAAGAUAGGGUGGCUAUAGAAAAUGGUCUGUUUGUCCUGAGCCAGCGCCAUUGUUCUGAAUCAACACUAGAUGAGAGCUUCAACUUACAUUUGGACUCAAGUCCUGAAAAAACAGCAAUGAAAAUCGUUAUGGCACAACCACUAGCAAAAGAAGGAAAAAAAGAAACAGCAGAAAUAAAAUCUCAAGAUCCUGUUCCUAAACCGUUGGUUCGGACUCUAUUCUCAAAUAAAACCACUGAGACAAAUGAGAGCAGGGCAUGCUUGCCAAAGAUUUCAUUAUCAUCAAAAUGUGGUGGCUUCCUUUCAUCUGAAGAGCAUAUUCAAAAACUAAAAGAAGCAGCAAAAGAUAGUGAUAAACAGCUAAUCAUAGAUGCUGGGCAAAAAAGGUUUGGAGCCAUUUCCUGCAAUAUUUGUGGGAUGCUUUACACUGCUUCAAAUCCGGAGGAUGAAACUCAGCAUCUGCUCUUCCACAGUCAGUUCAUAAGUGCUGUAAAAUAUGUGGGCUGGAAAAAAGAGAGAAUUUUGGCUGAGUAUCCUGAUGGCAAGAUGAUAAUGGUACUUCCUGAUGAUCCAAAAUAUGCACUGAGAAAGGUUGAUGAAAUCAGAGAGAUGGUAGAUAAUGAUCUGGGAUUUCAACAAGCUCCUCUUACGUGCUCCAGAACUAAGACACUAUUAUUUAUUUCUAAUGAUAAAAAAGUAACUGGCUGCUUAAUCGCAGAACAUAUCCAAUGGGGAUAUAGAGUUAUUGAAGAAAAGAUACCAGAAAUUGGUUCAGAAAAUGAGAAAGUCACCUUUGAAAGACAAAAGGCUUGGUGCUGCUCAACAUCUCCUGAGCCUGCUAUCUGUGGCAUUAGUCGCAUCUGGGUGUUUAGCAUGAUGCGGCGGAAGAAAAUUGCUUCUCGGAUGUUAGAAUGCUUGAGGUUACCUGGGGAAGAAAGUUUCUACUUCAACUCUGUCUUGUUGGGUCCUGGCCUGUAUUAAGUUGGCUUAUAAAAGUUUACACUUACUUAUUCCUGAUAACAUUACUGUGAAUUCAACAAGAUCUUCAGUGGCUACAACUGCAUUUUCUGUUAAUGCUUCUUUGUUGGAGAUCUACAGAGUUGUGAUUCGGGCAUUACCCAAUACCUUCAUUAACCACUAUCAGGUGGAUGCUUAAGCCUUGGCUGAGGCUGCCUUUGGCUGGCAGGUGUUGCAACACGUGGUCAUUGAUACAAGAUGACCCAUUGUUAUUCUCCUUGUAUCUUUUCCGUGGCUGCUUGGGUACAUCCCAGUUGGUGGGCUGUCAUCCAAGGGGAAGGGGACUUUGGUCCUUACCUGAAAUAAAUUUCUCAUUGAUGAUAGUCCAUCAAGGCACACAUCCUUAGUGUUGUUUGGGGGUGGCUCAGCUGGUUAUUUCUGCUGUGUAUUAUUUUUUCUGGAAAAAUUUCUUGACAUUUUUAAUGUAUUUCCAAAAUGUUGUCAUCUUGCUAAAAUGUUAUUAGAUACUGUUUUUCUUCCUAAUAAUGGUGUUUGCAAUUUUUUUAUUUGGGAGUUGGUCAAUGUUUUCAUCUUUUUCUUUGGCUGUUGAUGUGUGUUUUUUUCCCUGUGAGUUUGCAUAUAUUUUGCAGUUCUCUCUACCUUGUUUGACUCAUCAUGAAAUGGCCUGAGGGUUUACGUGACUGAGACAACCUACUCCCUCAAAAUUUGACUUCCAUUCCUACCUGUGGAUGCUAGGUGGCACACAACUGAUGGAUUAUCAUCCAGGAGAAAUUUAUUUCAGUUAAGGAUCAAAGUCCCCUUUGUGUCAUGUUGACAACCCUGGCAAGUGCUGGAUAGGUGAUUUCUGUAGUGCAGUCAGUUGAUCCAAGGCCCGGAUGCUCAUGAAUUUUACAGGAAUCUUCUGAAAAACAGUAUCAAAUCAAAGAUAACAUUGAUGUCCACAGAUAUGUUCUGUAGUUUGGUGAAAGAAGAUCCUAUGUAAAAAUAGUAAAGGUCUUUGAGGAUCCGUGUUUCAGUUUCAUGUUUUUGUUACUGUGGUGGUUUUGGUAAGCAGCAGAUCAGUGAUGGUUCCAGUACAACCUAUGAUGUUUUGUGUGGGGGAUGCCUUGUAAAAAUUAUGAAGAUCCAUUAUAAGGUUUCUUUUUGGGUAUUUUGGUGCCAUAGUGGCACUGACAAGUGCUGAAUUUGCAAUUUUUACCAUUCAGUCCAUGAACAUAGUUGUUCAUCAAGCUGUGACUUGAUGGUGGUUUGGGGAAGUUCCCUGUAAAAAAUGCAGAGCCAAGAGGAUUCAUUUUUAUCUGACUUUUACAUUCUUCGUUUUCCAUGUUCCAGGCAGCCAUUUUGUGAGUGGUGCCUACAAACUUUCUCAGAAUUCAGUGUGCCAAUAGGCUCAAAAAUUGUUUUAUUAAUCAAUAAAGAGUGAUAUCCUGCAUCUGCUUCCAUGAUGAGGCUUUCACUUCCUCUACUCUCCCUAGCAGUCCCUCUUAUUGAGGGGGGGGGGUUCCUCCAGAUUUAUGGGGCAUGCCAAAUGCUGUAGGGAGCUGAUUGGGGGAAGGAGAGGGGAAAUCUUAUUCUACUCUUGGACAGGCACAAUUAGAUAUCUUCUAUAAUAUUAAGCAUUUAGACAGUGCUAUGAAUACAGCCAAGUCCUUCACUGACCAAACAUUUGUUUAAAUAACCAUGCUUGCAAAACGUUAAAUUAAAAAAACAUGGCUGGCUGGUUUUUUAAAAUCAGAGUUGGUAUUAUUGGAACCCUUCUGUUUUAGCAUAAUUACAAGAACCCAGAUACCAAAUGUUCAUACUUAAGUUUUGUGUACUGUGUGCCAAUUAUAAAUGCUGGAGGAAGGGCAAGAAGAGAACCUAUAACAACUUUUUCAGAGGCAUUAAAUGAAAUGAGAAAUGGAGUUGGCAUUUGGAGAUGGACAGUGUUUUAAAUAAUGCCAAUGAAUAAGUAACUGUUAAUCAAUACCAUGGUAUCCAUGUUGUAUAAGUUUAUCACUAUGACUUUUAAA